AUGUCAUCACCCUCCCGGAGGACCGCUGAUUCUACCGACUCGCCUUCACCUUCCCAUCUGCCGCGCUCCCAGUUUCCCUUCCCCCAAAAUGACUGGUCGAGAAGACCCAGUGCGAGCAGCAGGUACGACCCGGUGCGGAGACCGUCGACCGCAAGCUCUGUCAGCUCUAUUGGAGGAUCGCUUGAUACAUCGAUGCAGGCGCAUGGCAGAAAUCGAGCGGUAGCGGAGACUGCGCAAAAUGCCAUCUCCAGCCUACUUCUGCCUCCGAUAACACGCACCGGCAUGUUGCCGCAGACCUCUACCACCGCGCCGUCCUCUCAUAGACCACCCUCUACCAAGGAUAUACCACCCGUUACUCUCACCAACAUCCCUCAUGUGGAGCCGUCGGCAUUCAAACCUUAUCUGACGCAGGUCGGUAGGUUGUUUGAGGCGUUCCAGCGAGCAAAGGAUGAGUCGAACAACUGGCCGCCGCAGCUCUCUCGGAGGGAUUCAGAGAGACCAAAUCAGGAGGAUGAGCGCCUUCAGCUCCUUGGAGCAGGGGUUCCGCAUCAAUCGUUGUCAGCACCACCUACUCCAAGGCUCGGCUCUCUCGCUGCGCUCCCUCCGCUCGAGUCUCCCGAGGGGAAACGGCGGCCCAAUCCACGAACAGCCAGAAGAAAUGUCUACGUCCCGACCCCUCUCACUACCAUACCGCACAUAUUCUUUGAAGACCACUUCCACCUUGAGAAUCCCCGUACGUUUGACGUUGUGAGCGAGCGUUCGGAGGUUGUGCGGCAAGAAGAUAUCAAGGGUGCCAACGGUUCAGUCAGUAGUCCGGGACCGAGCGGACGAAAAGCGCUUGCGACCAAUGCCAUCCUCCAGGAGAAGCUGUCCUGGUAUAUGGAUACCGUCGAGGUGCAUCUGAUUUCCUCUAUCUCAAGCGCAUCCACGUCCUUUUUCGCCGCUCUUGGAUCAUUGAAGGAGCUACAAUCGGAAGCCGCUGAAUCGGUGGCUAGAAUCAAAGAGCUACGGGAAGAUCUACGGAAUCUGGAUCAGGAGAUGGCCGUCGGUGGACUCAAGAUCAUAGGAAUGAAGCGGCGAAGGCAGAACCUCAGGGCACUGGGUCAAGCUACAACACAAGUGCAAGAAGUUGUGGAUGGAGCCACGCAUUGCGAGGAGCUGGUUGACAGUGGCGAACUCGAGACUGCGUUAGAGCGUAUGGAUAUCUUGGACAGUUUUGUUGGUGGUUCGCUGGACCCAGCACGAUUUCAGCAUGCGCCGUGGCUUUCAGAAGAUACGCCACGAAGAUUACUCGACCUUCGGACGCUAAAGGCUCUAGAUGGCUUCUCGGACGGCAUGAGGCAACUUAGAUUCCGCAUUGGCAAGGGCUUUGAGUUGCGGUUUCUGGAAGCACUACUUGCAGACUUGCGUCGCCACGUACAAAGUGUCUCCAAUCAAGAGACGCUCAAGCGCUGGGCCUCAGCAUCUCAAAGGUCUCGUGGUGAUCACUCACAGUCGCCAUCUGUGUUUCCAUCUUACCUGAAGACCGACGAUAAACUCCGGUCUGAGUUGUCAACAACUCUAAAAGGGCUGAGCAGGUCCAGCCAUACUCGUCCCGCAGCAGCAGCCUUCCGAGAAGCCAUCAUGCGGGAGAUGAAGAAUGUGAUUCGGCAACACUUGCCAAGCUCUAGCGAAGACGAUGCCGAAUCAGUAUCGUCCGUUUCCACCAAAGCCAGCCGAGCACAGUCCCAGCAGGACAAGUCCGCGAUUCUCGCACGCAAUCUCCGAGCCUUGAGCACAGAGGACGCCGAGCGACUGCUUGUCCAGAUGUACUCGAAUGUUGGAGAGGCACUGCGCAGGCUAAGUACGCAAGUCAAGGUCCUGUUAGACGUCACAAGCGGCAUCGGCCCGCCCUCUACCCCCGGCCUAAGGUCUCCGCUAAAGAGUCCCGAUGCCACUAGUAUCGAUGGAUACAUGCAGCAAAAAAUUACUACGCGGCCAAGAUCGAGCAGCCAAGUGCAGCAGGAGCUGAUGGAAGCACUGGACAUGUCAAGUCUCUUAGGCCAAGCCGUGGACGUAGCCCAGAGUCAGAUCACGAAGAUUCUCAAGGUGCGGACCGAACAAACGGUGCGACUUCCGCUGCUGCACUUCCUUCGGUACUUCACGCUCAACCGCCUGUUCGCCGACGAGUGUGAAGCAGUGUCUGGUCGAUCAGGGACCGCUUUGAAGAGUGUGGUCAACGGUCAAAUUGCCGACUUCGUUUCUAUUCUGGGCGACACUGAGAAGCAACGCCUUGCUCAAAGCAUGGAGUCAGACCGCUGGGAAGCAAGAGACUUCAGUGAUGCGGAGAACGUGCUGCUAUCGAGGAUCCUUGACAGUACGACGAAAGACCCAUCCCCGUGGCUUCGCAAAGCAGCCGUGUGGGAGGAUCCAGACGGCGACAAGCUGAACGGCGAGACUGCGGCCUCUGAAACGAACGGCGCCGCAAAGGAGAAGGCCCGCAGUGCCGUAAUUGACGAAGAGAAGUACAUUCUCGUUGACUCGGCAGUAGCAGCCCUCAAAGGCAUCGAGCAAUUCGAGAACCUGAUCGCAGUGAUACCCAGCAUGGCGUCAGAUGUCUCCACUGCACUGCUGGACUACCUAAAGCUCUUCAACUCUCGGACAUACCAGCUUAUCCUCGCCGCAGGCGCUACGAGGAGUGCAGGCCUGAAGAAUAUCAACACGAAGCAUUUGGCACUGGCGUCUCAGGCUCUCGGCUUCAUUGUAGCCAUCAUCCCAUACAUCCGCGAGUUUGUCCGCCGCCAUUCACCCACGUCGGCGGCAGCCUUGGCAGAAUUCGACAAGGUCAAGCGACUAUACCAAGAGCAUCAGUCCAAUAUUCAUGAGAAGCUGAGCGACAUCAUGAAAGGACGAGCAGCUGCCCAUAUCAGCACCAUGAGGAAAGUGGACUUUGAUGGCGGGGCAGACGUCCAGGUCAGCCCGCAUAUGGAGACGCUCGUCAAGGAGACGAGCACGUUGCAUCGCGUUAUGAGCAAGCAUCUGCCGGAGAUGUCGGUGCGGAUGAUCAUGACCUCGGUGUUUGAGAGUUAUCGGGAGCAAUGGAGUAAGGCGUUUCAGGAGGUGGAGGUCAGGACGCCUGCUGGCAAAGCUAGGCUACUUCGCGACGCAGAGUUUUUCGAUGCGCGGCUCGGCAAGGUUGAAGGCGCGGGCAAUAUCGGAGCCUACCUCAUCGAUAUCGUUAAGAACAAGAAGAUUGCUGAAGCAUCCGGUCUGCCGGCACCUGUGACGAACAACCAGUCGGACACGAAAGGCCGAACGUCUACUGAUUCUUCUGCGUCGAGAGCGUGA